AUGUUCUCCAAGUCUCUGCAGCGCGCCGUCGCGUCCUCUUUCUCCGUGCUCAAGCAUGCACGCACGCAAACGCGCUCCAUCGGCUUCCUGUCCUCGCUGCCGGAGGAGCACAGCAUGCUGCGCGACAUGUGCGUGCAGUACGCGGCCAAGAACCUCAAGCCCAUCGCCGGAGACAUCGACAAGGAGCACAGGUUCCCGGCCCAGCAGGUGAAGGAGCUGGGCGAGAUGGGGCUCAUGGGCGUCGCCAUUGACGAAGAGUACGGCGGUGCGGGCCUGGACUAUCUGGCCUACGCCAUCGCCAUGGAGGAGAUCAGUCGCGGCUGCGCGACUGCGGGCGUCAUCAUGUCCGUUAACAACUCGCUGUACUGCGCGCCGCUGGAGAAGUUCGGGUCGCCGGAGCAGAAGGAGAAGCACCUGACGCCCUUCGCCAGCGGAGAGAAGCUGGGAUGCUUCGGACUCAGUGAGCCCGGCAACGGCAGUGAUGCUGGCGCCGCCUCGACCACAGCUCGCGUCACGGACAAGGGCUACGUGCUGAACGGCACCAAGGCAUGGAUCACCAACGCCCACGACGCCGAUCAGGCGAUCGUGUUUGCUACGACGGACAAGUCCCUCAAGCACAAGGGCAUCAGCGCCUUCCUGGUGCCGACCGAUGCUCCGGGCUUCUCUCUGGGCAAGAAGGAGGACAAGCUCGGCAUCCGCGGCUCUAGCACGGGCAACCUCAUCUUCGAGGACGUCGAGAUCCCGAAGGAGAACCUGAUCGGCAAGGAGGGCGACGGAUUCAAGAUCGCGAUGAUCACGCUGGACUCGGGGCGUAUCGGCAUCGCGUCGCAGGCGCUGGGCAUUGCUCAGGCGUCAUACGACUGCGCUAUCGCGUACGCGCAGACCCGUAAGACGUUCGGCGUGCCUCUGGCCAAGAACCCCAUCAUCCAGACCAAGCUGUCCACCAUGGCUACGGAGAUCGAGGCCGCGCGUCUGUUGACGUGGAAGGCUGCCGUGGAGAAGGACGCCGGCCGACCGUUUACCAAGCUGGCAGCGAUGGCGAAGCUCAAGGCCUCGGAGGCGGCGACGAUGUGCUCGCACCAGGCCAUCCAGGUGCUCGGCGGCAUGGGCUACGUGUCGGAGAUGCCGGCGGAGCGCCACUACCGCGACGCGCGCAUCACGGAGAUCUACGAGGGCACGUCCGAGAUCAUGCACCUGGUCAUCGGUGGCGCGCUCAACAAGGAGUUCAAUGCGACCAACUAA